CACUGACAACACAUUCGAAUAGCGAAACACAACAAAAACACUGCAUUUCUGUCGUGCGUUUCGCGGACACACCGAACGACUCGCUAUUUGAUCGGUCAUUACGUGUGCGUCACUGCCGUCGCCGUAACCACCGGUCGAUCGCCAACACCACUGACCGCACGACUACUCCAGUGCUGACACCGCACGGAGUGUUACCGUAGACUCAGUGGUCAGUCGCCAGCACUCAGUCGCACACAAAACGUGCGUUUAUUUUGGUUGAAGUUUGUGUUUUCUUUGGACACUCCGUUUGACGGCAUACCCGUCCCCUUCCAUAUAGACUACCAGUGCUCCAGUGGACAGUAAUGCCCCCGAAAACGCCGCGCACGUACAGCGUGGGCGACCUGGUGUUCGCCAAAGUCAAGGGCUACCCUCCCUGGCCCGCACGGGUGGAGAGCGAACCACCCCCCGGAUACCGGGCCGGCCCCGGAAGGUAUCCCGUGUUCUUCUUCGGCACAUACGAGUCUGCUGUGGUCGCGGCCCGAGACCUGUCGCCCUACGAGCAGACGAAGCAUAAGUUGGGAACUCCGCGUAAACUCAAGGACUUCAACAAAGGGUUGGAGGAGAUCGAGAAGGACCCGGAGCUCACUGUAGGCGCCGCCGAACCGGCGGACAAUCAGCCGGACGAGGAGGAGGCGGCCGAUGAGGAACUGGAAGCCGAGGACGAGCCCAUGGAUGAGAGCGCGGAUCAGUCGACGGCUGAUAAGCCCGCCGCUCAUGACGGCGACAAUGAGGACCAGUUAGCCAAUGGACAGGCGGUUAAGAAGGAGUCGGAGGGGACAGUGACUGGCGAUGCGGUGGUGAGCGCCGGCACGUCGGCCGCUGACGAGCCCAUGGGAUCCGACAGCGACUCGGAUGAGGACAAGAAACUCAUUAUCGAUGACCGCAUUCACAGCCCGAAGAAGGCGUCGAAAGUGAGCGCCGGUAGUAAAAAGUCAACCAAAAAGGAGUCGUCGUCGUCGACCGCCAGCGCCUCUAAGUCGUCGUCCAAGAAGUCGAAGUCCAAAGAGUCGGACAGCAAGUCGAGCGCCGGUAGGAAACGCAAGUCGAGCGCCAGCGAGAAGUCGGGCGCCGGUAGGAAACGCCGGCGCGUUAUACUCGAGUCCAGUAGCGACGAGUCGGACGGCAACAAAGCGGACGAGGAGUCCGGUGCCGACAGUCAGAGGGCGAGCGCUGACGAGAAGCGCGUGACGGCCGCCACCAGUGAGGACAAGGAGUCGGACGAGGAGUCGGAGCCCAAGAAGAACCGUAAGAGUCGCCAGAAGAAGGAGAAGCCCGCGAAGAGUAGCGGAAAGGCGUCUAAAUUGGAGGAGUCAUCGAAAAAGCGCCGCAAAGAGUCGAAGGCGAAGGAUAAGGAGGCGGUGGAGUCGGCGCCCACCAGUGGAGGGGAGGCGCCGGUAGCCGACGACCCCGAAGUGGUCGAGAAGGUGCGUCUGAAGCUCCAGGAGUCGAAAGACGAGAUCCAACAGAAACUACAGGAGAAGGAGAGAGAGAAAGAGCGACGAAAGCAGGAGAAGAAGGAGCAGAAGCGUAAGGAAAAAGCCGAGAAGUCGGGCGUCGCCACGGCUACCGGUGCUGUCGCUCCCGCACCGGCUGUCACACCCAAAGCGCCGCCAACUGUGGCCGAAGUGUUGGCGUCGAUCGACUCCGACAUACAGACGUCGCUGUCGCGGGAGUCGGCGAAUGUGGACAAGUGUUUGGAGGCUAUGGAGCGCCUGAAGGGAGUGUCGGUCACACCGGAAGGCCUCCAGACGUACGGCCAGGCGCUGAAGGCGCUGAUAGUGACGCUCAAGAAGUGCCGCAAAUAUAAGACGGAUGAGAGGGUGCGCCAGAAGUCGGACCACUUGUACCACAAGUUUAAGGAUUUCUUCUACACAACAGACACGGCAGAGUUGACGGACUCGUCAUCGGCUCUGAACAAUACCGGCGCCGACACCAACAGCACCGACACCAGUGGCGACUCCAAAGAUGAUAAGACCGAUACGAUAGCCACCACUGAAGCUGUGGUUAAAUCGGAUGACAAUCAGACAAAUGUUGACGCGAUUGAUGCAAAGGAACCGUCGCUUUCAGUCACUUCUGAUACCACAACCCCUGAGACUACCGGCCCUUCUGUGGGUGAUAGUGGGAUAGAGAGCGGGACGACAGCCGCAACGGUAGCUGAGUUGCCCGCAAGCAAUGGGCACCCGGAGUCCGAGUUGACGGCGCCCAUUGAUGACCAACAAGAGGUGUCCGAUAGCGCACCGGUAGAUAAAGUCGACAGCAAUAAAGCACAGGUGACUGUGAGCGGGGAUCAGCCGCUGAGCGCCGGUAUCGCUAGCGAUGACACUAAGAAUGGUAUCGACGCGUCCCUAACGAGCGAUGCUAUCGACGAUCAGACGACAGCGCCGGUAGCCGUCGUCGAGCCGCCACUCCAGUCGACCAAAGAUAGUAGUAAUACGACGACGACUACCGAACCUCCCGUUCCCACAGAAACGAUCGCAUCAAACGCCACAUAAGCAGUCGAUAUAUUCAAUUGAAAAGCAUUUUUUGGAUUAAUUCCGCGAAUUAAUGAUAAAAACAAAAAUCUAUUGAAUGAAUAACUAUUAUAUAAUAAUAUUUAAUCUCAUUUCCACAGAAUUUAUAACUAAAUUAUUUAAUAAUUUAUAGCAAAAAGUGUUUUUGAAUUUAUUUUUUAAAAUGAUUUUUUUGUGGUAAACGAAACGUCUAUUUCCUAUAUAUAUACUGUACCUAUAUUUAUAGUUGAGUUUAAAAAGUACCCGUAUUAUUGAUAUGAUUAUUAUGAAUAUACUAUUCCGCAGAAUAUUCUGGAUUUAACUUUCAAAAAGUGUUUAUGAAUUAACUUUUUUUGUGUAUUUUUCUCGCC